UUUUUUUUAUCUUUUAAGGGGUGUCGCUCGCAGGUCGCCGCCAAAGGGAAAAUUAGCAGGAACAUACUCGCCUCCCUGGACCCUGUUUCACCGGUUGGCAUCAGCCGGAAAGAGAAAGUGGAGAGCGGCGGCGGCGGCGGCUUGGCAGGGCUUCAGGCCAAUUACCUUCUCUCCUCUCACCGGUAGAGGCACUCUUUCUUGGAGAGGAGAAGAGAGGAGCCCUCUCAGCAGCUUAAACUGAAAUCAUUGCUCUUGAAGGAGCAACCACUGCUGGAAGCAUAUAAACCCCAAUGGGUGAUGCAAUGUUGGACGAAAGCAAGUUCGAUGUGCAUCUGCAAUUAUGGGCUCUUCGAAUUCCUCGCGAACUCUGCGGGAGCGUCAGCAGAGUACUAAAUGGAUACUUGCUUGACAAGGCCCGCAUUAAACCUAUCACUGAAGAUCCAACAUCAGAAAAAAAUCGUUAUGUCAUAUUAUCAGAAAGGGUUCAAACUCCUGAGUUAUCUGAUAUCCCAGAACAAAUUCUUGACAAACUGAAGGAGCUAUGCAAGAUUGAAGUAGUUCCCUAUUCAUUGACACUUGGUUAUUCCUAUUGGGGUGCAGACCAUAUAUUGAAGCAGCUUCUACCUUCUGGAGUUGAGGUACCUUCAUCUUUUGAAACAAUAGGUCAUAUUGCCCAUCUAAAUAUCACAGGUGAACUGCUUCCUUACAAGGAUGUUAUUGCGAAGGUUAUUUAUGAUAAAAAUCAACCAAGAAUUAAAACCGUUGUCAAUAAAGUUGGAAGCAUUGCAAAUGAAUUCCGUGUACCAAAAUUUGAAGUUCUGGCAGGUAAAAAUGAUAUGGUUACUGAAGUGAAGCAAUAUGGGGCAACAUUCAAGCUUGAUUACAGCUUGGUGUAUUGGAACUCAAGAUUGGAACAUGAACACUUAAGGUUGGUUUCUCAGUUCAAAGCAGGGGAGAUCAUUUGUGAUAUGUUCGCUGGUGUUGGUCCUUUUGCUAUCCCAGCGGCACAGAAAGGAUGUCUAGUGUUUGCAAAUGAUUUAAACCCAGAUAGCAUUCAUUAUCUGAAGAUUAAUGCAGAAAUCAAUAAAGUUGAUGAUUGUGUAAGUGCAUACAAUAUGGAUGCAAGGAAAUUUAUUUCUCAGUUGAUGGCAGUGCCUAUUCAUGAGCCUGAUCCAGAAUCUGAUUCACCCAUCCUCAAGCCCCAUGAGAAUUGCAGCAUACUAGCUGAUUGGGAAUCAAAUUCAGAAAAUAAAAAGUUGAUUGUCAGUGAGAAGGAAGUACAGGGUAAUGGUUUAAAUGACCAGGAGUGUGCGGAAGGUUUGUGUGUGAAUAUUGAUGUGGCAGCAGCUACAUUUAAAACCCAGCCAGAAAUUUGUCAAGAAGCAGGAAAUGGAAGUGCUGGCACUGCAGGCAUUUCUGUAGCUGAUCGGAGAAAAGAAGGCGGAAAUAAGAGAAAGAGAGGCUUUGGAUUGUGCCUUGGAAAGACCUGGGAGCAUGUUGAUCAUGUCAUAAUGAACUUACCUGCUUCAGCUCUACAAUUUCUAGAUGCUUUUAGGGACUUAAUCAACAUUAAAUCGUGGAAGGGACCUCUACCUUGGAUUCAUUGCUAUUGCUUCAUGCGGUCAAACGAAACGAAGGAUAUGAUAAUUUUAGAGGCAGAGUCUGCAUUGAAUGCUAGUAUACAGAACCCUAUGUUUCACAGGGUUAGAGAUGUUGCUCCAAACAAGGCAAUGUAUUGUUUGAGUUUUAGGCUGCCCGAGAAAUCGUGCUUCAGGGAUAGUGUUAAUGGUAUAUUUCAUUCUACUGAGGGAAGUUUCAUCUCAUUCCAGUAUUGGAAGAAGCAUUGUGCAUUCAGUCCACAUUUUGAAGCGGGGAAAAGGAAUGCAGGGUCCAUAAUGCUAAGCUUAAGGUUUUGAUUCACCACUCAUGUGAAGGAGAGCGGAGAUGGGGCCAAUGCUUUUAAUUGUUUUCAGUCCAAGGAUGAUCAAGGUCUGGGCUUUUGAAAAAUCCUCAAAUGGCUUUAGUCAGUAGAUGGUGUGCACUGAUAUAGUUAAGGGUUUUCAAGGCUUGCAAGAAAUGUCUUUAAUAUGACAUCCCCUUUAUUUCUCAUUCACUCGGAUGCAGUUCUUGGAUUCGGGGGAUGGAAGCUUUCAUUAGACCAUCUGAGCUUAAGUUUGGUUUGAUAUGAAUUCAACCUCUUGUCCAUCACUCCUAUACCCAUUUGUAUAGGCAAGUCGCGUCUUUUUUGGCUUGUGGUAAUAACCAAGAGUAGGGCUUUGUAAGAUUAGGAUUCUUAUAACCAAUUAUCUAAAUGACAUAUGUAGCCCAAGACAAAAACCUUUGCUACUCUUGGAUUAUGUUAAAAUUGCAUGAUUUUUUUUUAGUCCAAUAUUUUUUGACAAGACAAAA